UGGUAACCGGGUCUGGCCCAGGAGGCUUGGGCGCGCGCAGCCAUCCCGGGCCUCGCCGGGGACCUAGGGACGCAGGCAACGCCUGCGCCCGCUCACCAUGGUCGAGGGACGCGUCUCCGAGUUCCUGAAGAAACUCGGCUUCUCGGGCGGGGGCCGCCAGUACCAGGCGCUGGAGAAGGACGAAGAGGAAGCCUUGAUUGAUGAACAGAGUGAGCUGAAAGCCAUCGAGAAAGAGAAGAAGGUGACAGCCCUGCCCCCCAAGGAAGCGUGCAAAUGCCAGAAAGAGGAUUUGGCCAAAGCGUUUUGUGUGGACUUACACACUGGGCUGUCGGAGUUCUCGGUGACGCAGCGCCGGCUGGCCCAUGGCUGGAAUGAGUUUGUUGCUGACAACAGCGAACCUGUGUGGAAGAAAUACCUGGAUCAGUUUAAGAACCCCCUGAUCCUGCUGCUGCUGGGCUCUGCCCUGGUGAGUGUCCUCACCAAGGAGUAUGAGGACGCCGUUAGCAUCACCACGGCAGUGCUCAUCGUGGUCACUGUUGCCUUCAUCCAGGAGUACAGGUCGGAGAAAUCUCUGGAAGAGCUGACCAAGCUGGUUCCUCCAGAAUGUAACUGCCUAAGAGAAGGAAAACUCCAGCACCUGCUUGCUCGAGAACUGGUUCCUGGUGAUGUCGUAUCUCUCUCGAUCGGAGACCGGAUCCCUGCAGACAUCCGACUCACUGAGGUCACGGACCUCUUGGUGGAUGAAUCCAGUUUCACCGGGGAAGCUGAGCCAUGUAGUAAAACAGACAGCCCCUUGACAGGCGGUGGGGACCUCACCACCCUCAGCAACAUCGUCUUCAUGGGGACCCUGGUGCAGUAUGGGAGGGGCCAGGGGGUCGUGAUUGGAACAGGGGAAAGCUCUCAGUUCGGAGAAGUGUUUAAGAUGAUGCAGGCCGAAGAGACACCUAAAACUCCUUUGCAGAAAAGCAUGGACAGGCUAGGAAAGCAACUGACACUCUUCUCCUUUGGCAUAAUCGGUCUCAUCAUGCUCAUUGGCUGGUUGCAAGGGAAACAGCUCCUGAGUAUGUUCACGAUCGGGGUCAGCCUGGCGGUGGCGGCCAUUCCAGAGGGUCUGCCCAUCGUCGUCAUGGUGACGCUGGUCCUGGGAGUGCUGCGGAUGGCCAAGAAGCGGCUCAUCGUGAAGAAGUUACCCAUCGUGGAGACUUUAGGUUGCUGCAGCGUUCUCUGUUCUGAUAAGACGGGGACUCUGACUGCCAAUGAAAUGACAGUGACCCAGCUUGUAACGUCAGAUGGGCUUCGUGCCGAGGUCAGCGGAGUUGGGUAUGACGGUCAAGGGACUGUGUGUCUUCUACCAUCCAAGGAAGUCAUUAAGGAAUUUUCCAAUGUCUCAGUGGGAAAGUUAGUGGAGGCGGGCUGUGUCGCCAACAACGCGGUCAUCAGAAAGAACGCCGUGAUGGGGCAGCCCACCGAGGGUGCAUUGAUGGCCCUGGCGAUGAAGAUGGACUUAAGUGAUAUUAAAAAUUCAUAUAUAAGAAAAAAAGAGAUUCCAUUCAGUUCAGAGCAGAAGUGGAUGGCGGUGAAAUGCAGUCUGAAGACUGAGGAUCAGGAAGACAUUUACUUCAUGAAAGGGGCCUUGGAAGAGGUGAUCCGCUACUGCACCAUGUACAACAACGGGGGCAUCCCCCUGCCGCUGACGCCCCAGCAGAGGUCAUUCUGCCUGCAGGAAGAGAAGAGGAUGGGGUCGCUCGGUCUGCGGGUGCUGGCCCUGGCUUCUGGGCCCGAGCUGGGGCAGCUGACGUUUCUAGGUCUUGUGGGCAUCAUCGACCCCCCGAGAGUUGGCGUGAAGGAAGCAGUCCAGGUUCUCUCCGAGUCUGGUGUGUCUGUGAAGAUGAUAACGGGAGAUGCCCUGGAGACGGCCUUGGCCAUAGGAAGAAACAUCGGCCUGUGCAACGGGAAGCUGCAAGCCAUGUCCGGGGAGGAGGUGGACAGCGUGGAGAAGGGCGAGCUUGCCGACCGCGUGGGGAAGGUGUCCGUGUUCUUCAGGACCAGCCCAAAGCACAAGCUCAAAAUCAUCAAGGCUCUGCAGGAGUCAGGGGCGAUCGUGGCCAUGACUGGGGAUGGGGUGAACGACGCAGUGGCCCUGAAGUCUGCAGACAUCGGGAUCGCCAUGGGGCAGACAGGGACGGACGUCAGCAAAGAGGCCGCCAACAUGAUCCUGGUGGAUGAUGACUUCUCAGCCAUCAUGAAUGCAGUGGAGGAAGGCAAGGGGAUUUUUUACAACAUCAAAAACUUUGUCCGAUUCCAGCUGAGCACGAGCAUCUCUGCCCUGAGUCUCAUCACUCUGUCCACCGUGUUCAACCUGCCCAGCCCCCUCAACGCCAUGCAGAUCCUAUGGAUCAACAUCAUCAUGGAUGGGCCACCGGCGCAGAGGAGUUCCCAGAAAACUGAAGUGUGUUGCACUGGAGUGAGACUGCGAGUAGAAGGCAGAGGAGAAAGUACAUGGGCCGGCAGAGCUGGCUUGGGGGUAGAGCCUGUUGACAAAGACGCCUUCAGGCAGCCACCACGGAGUGUGCGGGACACCAUCCUCAGCAGAGCCCUCAUCCUGAAGAUCCUCAUGUCUGCGGCCAUCAUCAUCAGCGGGACCCUGUUUAUCUUCUGGAAGGAGAUGCCUGAAGACAGAGCAAGCACUCCCCGCACCACGACAAUGACGUUCACUUGUUUUGUGUUUUUCGAUCUCUUCAACGCCUUGACCUGCCGCUCUCAGACCAAGCUGAUAUUUGAGAUCGGCUUUCUCAGGAACCACAUGUUCCUCUACUCCGUCCUGGGGUCCAUCCUGGGGCAGCUGGCGGUCAUUUACAUCCCCCCACUGCAGAGGGUCUUCCAGACGGAGAACCUGGGAGUGCUUGAUUUGCUGUUUUUAACUGGAUUGGCCUCAUCCGUCUUCAUUUUGUCAGAGCUCCUCAAACUAUGUGAAAAAUACUGUUGCAGCCCCAAGAGAGUCCAGAUGCACCCUCAAGAUGUGUAGUGGACCUCACUCCGUGGCACUUUCCCUAAUCAUCUCUAUCUGGUUGUGACUGUGGCCCCUGCCGUGUCUCCUCUUCAGGGGAGACUUUUAGGAGGCCGCAGCCUUCCGUCACCGGAUCAGCUUUUCCUCUUAGGAAAGCUGCAGGAACCUCGUGGGCUCCAGGGACCCAGGCCCCCAUCCAUCCAGCGUUCCCGCUGGCUGUGGGACAGACAGGGAGGGGCCUGUACAGAAACAUCACACUAUUUAUUAAAUCACAAUGAUUUUUUAUUAACCAUGUCUAACUACGUAUCUGUGGCACAGCUUGCAGUGAGGCAGGCCACUCGUGGCAGAUACAAGGGGCUCCUGAGAGGCAGUGGGUAGGAUGAUCACACUCUGCCCAUUGCCCUCCUGGAGGCCCCAUUUCCUCAUCAUAAAAUGAGGGCUUUUUAAAUAAAGUGCUAUGCCGGGGGAUAAUUAUUUUGAUGUGUUUACCUAGGGUUUUUCAUACAAGGGGCCAGGUUGGAAACCCACAGCCAUGUGUUAAUGGCCACGUGGGGUGAGCAGCAAUCCAUCAUGAAUGGCCUACAGGAAGGCCUCGGCUUUUGGAGAUAAAGAGUAGGGCUGGGCAUGGUGGCUCACGCCUGUAAUCCCAGCACUUUGCAAGGCCAAGGCAGGCAGAUCACUUGAGGCCAGCCUGGCCAACACAGCAAAACCCUGUCUGUCUCUACUAAAAGUUAAAAAAAAAAAAAAAGUUGCCAGGCGUGAUGAUGCACACCUGUUAAUCCCAGCUACUCGGGAGGCUGAAGCAGGAGAAUAGCUUGAGUCCAGGAGGCGGAGAUUGUACCACUGCACUGCAGCAUGGGCAACAAAGCAAGAUUCUCUCUCAAAAAGUGGCCCUUCUCUCCGGAACCAGGAACUGUAGUAUCUCCUGCUGCCUGCAGACAAGCUUGAUUUCCCACUGCCCCAAAGACUUCCAAAAACCGAUCUGCUCUCCCACAUGACAGAUGGCAGAGGAGAGAGGUCUCCAUGCUGUUCUUCUGCCUGAAGCCACGCCAGAACCACCAAAGGGAACCAGAAGGGGAACUCCAUCCCCAUCUCUCAGGAAAUAAGGCCAGAGCUAGAUAGAACCCCCCAGUUACUAGUCAGGCCUCACUAGAGAAACAGAACCAACAGGAUGGAGGGAGAUGCAGAGAUUUGUUUUAAGGAACUGGCUCAUAGGAUGUUGGGGGCUGGCAAGUCUAACAUCUUGAGGGCAGGCCAGCAUCCUGGAGACCCAGGGAAGAGCUGGGGAGGCAGGCUGGAGGCAGAAUUUCCUCCUCCUCAAGGGAGUUCAGCCUUUUCCUCUUAUAGUCCUCAACUGAUCGGAUGAGGCCCACUCACGUUAUGAAGGAUAAACUGUUUUACUUCAAGUCUACGGGCUUACGUGUUAGUUACACAGCGCCAUCUAGAACAGUGUUUGACGAAAAUCAACUUGGCCUGGCCAAGUUGUCAGAUAAAAGUAACCGUUGCACCCAGCCACGGUAGCUAUGAAAAGGGCUACCAGGGGUGGUAACAGCUGGGUCAGACAAAGAUAAGGAAGGUCAGAAUGCACCCCUGCCAGGGUUCUAGGCAGAGUCCAAAGUCCUCCAUAGUAGGAUUCACAGCCUGGGAAGAAGCCCCUCUCCGGCCCAACCUGUGACACCAGGGCCACAGGAGGAGAUGCAGAGAUGGGCCAUUCCUAGUGAGACACAGAUACAGGGCUGGCUGGAGAAGAAACCUUUUGAGCCGUGGGGCUGUCUUCCCAGAAGCUGCCAACCCCUGGAACCACUAAGAGGUCAAGGCUGAAUUGUGCCACUUCCACAGUCUGCUAAGGAGUGCCUCCCCCUGAGUCAGGGACAAUUCCUGCUCUACUUUUCAGGAUCCUUGGGCACACUGCUGGCCCGAGACAUUUACUUCCCAUUUAAAAUUAAGUAAUCAAAAUACCAGGGUCGACUGAUAUUUGCAAUAACAACAAAAAUUACUCUUAACUCUUGCUUACACCAUGUAAAACUUUAGGGAUAAAACUGUAGUAAGAAAGACACAAAAUGCUACUACAUUAAAACUAAGACCUUCUUUUCAUUAAGGACACAGUAGACUUGAACACCACCAUUAAGCAACUUAGCUUGAUUUACACUUGUAGAACACCCCAUCACGAGUAGCAUAGACAGUCACCAAAAUAAAGAGCAGAAAUCAAACGAAAAAGCAAAAAUACAGGAAAAUCAAUCAAAACCUAGUUCUUCGAAAAGAUCAAUAAAACUAUCAGUCUUGCAAUAAGCUUAUCGAAGAAAAAAGGGAAGAGAAAUGACCAAUGUCAGGAAUGAAAAAGUAUAUCACCACAAACCCUUCAAGAUAUUCCAACAAUAAUAAUAAAUAAUACUAUGUACAUCUUUAUGUACCUAAAUUCAAUCAAUUGGAUGAAAUAAACCAAUUCCUUGAAAACCAAAAACUACCAAAACUCACUGAAGAUGAAAUAGAUAAGCUGAAGUUGAAACCCUUCCAAAAAAGGCAGUUUCUGAAGCCAGAUGAUUUCACUGGUGAGUUUUACUAAACUUGUAAAGAAAUGGCAAUUCGAUACACUGAAUUCCAAAAAUAAAACGGGACUGAGCACUUCUCCAUUUUAUAAGGUCAAUAAUCACUCUGAUACCAAAACUAGAGAAAAAUACUAGAGACCAACAUCCCUUAUGAAUAUAUGCACGAAAAUCCUCAACAAAAUGUGAGUAAAUCAGAUCUAGCCAGGUACGAAGAAUAUAAGACACCAGAACGAAGUGGGGUUAAUUGAGGAAUGGAAUUCAAGCAUUCCAAAGUUCAACAUUCAAAACCAAUAUAACUGAAAAGUUCAAAAUUCAAAAACCAAUAUAACUGAAAAGUUCAACAUUCAAAAACCAAUAUAACUCACUAUAUUAAUAGUCUGAAGAAGGAAAAACACAUGGUUAUAUCAAUUAAUGCAGAAAAGGCAUUUGAUAAAAUUCAAUCUCCAUUUGUAAUAAAAACUCUCAAACUAGGAAUUGAAGGAAACUUCUUCAACCUGAUAAAGAACAUCUACAAAAAACCUAUAGCUAACAUCAUACUUAAUGAUGAAAAAACUGAAUUCUUUCCCCACAGGAUAAGGUCCAAGGGUGACCAGCCUCACCACUCCUAUUCAGCAUAGUAUUAGAAGUCCUUGCCAGUGUAAUAUGGCAAGAAAAGUUAAAAGGCAUUAGAAAAGAGCCUGGAAAGGAGAAAAUCACAGAUAACAUAAUUGUCCACACAGAAAAUCCCAACAAAUCUUUUUAAAAAAGAAAAACCCUCCUAGAAUUAACGAGUUUAGUAAAGCCACAAGAUACAAGGUUAACACACAAAAAGCAGUCAUAUUUCUAUACAUUAGCAAUGAACAACUGGAAACUGAAAUUUAAAAUUGAAUACUAUUUGUCUGUCUCAAAAAAAAGUAUCAAUUCUCCCCAGAUUGUUGUAUUAGGUUUAACACAAUUACCAUCAAAAUUCCAGGUUUUUUUUUUUUUAAGACACAGAUAAACUUGUUCUAACAAGCUUGUUAUGAUAUUGUUAUCAGCAGACCUAUUUCAAUUUCACUGGUUUUUACAUAGUACCUGAUGUUAGGCAAACCUGAGUUUAAAGGCACAGUGCUCCAGGUGGCUGGCCAAGUCUGCCCAGGCCUUCUAAUACUGACUGCAGGUCCAAGAGUCUCCCACAACCAUCUUCAGGUUGGAUGAUUCGUUGAUGGGGCACACAGAGCUCACUGACACCUGUCAUGCUCACAGCCAUGUCUAUUACCAGGAAAAGAUACAGAUUAGAACAGCCCCAGGGCUGCAACUGCAGAGAAUGGUCACCCUCUCCCUCUGAGCUCAACAGUUUCUGAGUCCUGAGUCUUUCUAGCAAAUCACUGGGUCUGAGGGUGGUUUCCUGCCCCCCACAACACAAGUUCUAUGAAAUUGUAUGACACACAUCAAUUCAGGUAACCACUGGUACAAUGAGGAGGCAAAACUUCCAUCGCCCCUGAAAAACUCCUCCUUACUUUUUAUAGUAACACCCUCCUAAUCCCAGCAACCUCUAAUCCCUUCUUCAUCACUAUAAUG